ACAGACCUGGGUCGCGGGGGCUUCUGGGGGUUCUUCCCUGGCUCGUGCGCGUGCGCGAGAGUGCGCAGUGGCAAUUUAGGAGACCGCAGUUUGUGUACUAGCCGGCAAGCUUGGGGAUUUUAGUUGCUGCGUAGUUACCAACGCCAGUCCUCUUCACCAGCCAGGGCGGCGAUUUCCGCGCCUCCUGUCGGAAUUGGCACCAGGGCGGGCGUGACUGAACGAAGCCCUGGAUAGGAGUCGUGCCUGCAGUCUCUCAGGUAGCUGAAUAUUGGUUUUGUGUCUGAAGUUCCUGGAACUUGUCUCAAGUUACACUGCAUAUGGUACGCGGGUGCUUAGCUCAAACCUGAGAAUUAUUGGAACUCUCUAGUAAGACACAUUUAGACUACAGUGGGAGUUCUAAUGAAGAUGCAGCUUCUGAACAAGUUGAUGGCUAUCUCCAAACCUCAAAACUUAGCUCUACAUGAACAAAGUGAGGUUCUGAGAGCAGAUGUGUCUUGGCAGCAGGAAACCAUCCCCAUGGUGGAGACACAUGACUCCGAGGCAUCUCGUCAAAAGUUCAGACAUUUCCAGUAUUUGGAAGUGUCUGGGCCCCAUGAAGCCCUGAGCCAACUCUGGGAUCUCUGCGUUCAGUGGCUAAGACCAGAGAUUCAUACAAAGAAGCAAAUCCUAGAACUGUUGGUGGUAGAACAAUUCCUGGCAAUCCUCCCUGAAGAAGUCAGGACUUGGGUGAAUUUACAACAUCCAAAGAAUAGCAAAGAUGUGGUGAGCCUCAUAGAAGAUGUGAUUGAAAUGCUUAAAGUUGAAGAUACACUCUGCAAAGAUUCUGUCCUCCAAAACGGGAGCAUCCAGGAGGAGAAAAUGGAAGCUGAGUCACUAACAGGCAGACUCCAGGAACCAGUGACAUUCAAGGAUGUGGUUGUGGAAUUCAGCGAGGAAGAGUGGGAGGAACUAGACCCUGAUGUAAAGAACCUGUACAGGGAUGUGAUGCUGGAAAACUACAGGAACCUGGAUUUGUUGCAUAAAGCACAUUUACUUGCCAAACCAGUUGAGAUCUCCGAGUUGGAGAGUAAAGAAAAAAGAUGGAUAAUGGAGGAAGAAAUUCCAGGGAGAAUUGUUUGGGACAUUAAGACUGUUUCAGAAAACCAGGAUUCAGUUCCAGAGCAGAGAGUUUCUAGAGAAGAAUCAUCCCAUGGAGAGAUUAUGACAAGGCUUACCAAAAGUGAACAUUCUUCAUUAGAUGUCUGGAAAAGUGAGGAUUGGUUAUAUGGGAACCAGAAAAACCAGGACAUAAAUUUGUCACCAGAAGCUUUCAUUCCUAUGACAAUCUGCACUGAGGAAGGAGACUUUGAAUGUAAUGAAAACAAGAAAAGCUUUGAUGUUAACUUGAUUAACUCAAUUUGUGAUAUACAGCAAGAAAUUCCUAUAUGGAAGGGGUCCCCAGAGUGUGAUCAGUUUAAAACUGACUUCAGAUUUAAUUCAGUAAGUGAGCCACAUUCAGAAUAUAAUGAAUAUGUUAAUGCCUUGAGCCUGAGUACAGAGAUUGUUCAGCCCCCAAAAUGCUAUACUACAGUGAAUUCCUAUGAAUGUUAUCAGUGUGGAAAAGCCUUCAACAGAAGCUCAUCCCUCAUCCGACAUCAGAUCAUUCACACAGGAGAGAAACCCUAUAAAUGCAGUGAAUGUGGGAGAUUCUUCAACCGACGUACAAACCUUUCUAAGCAUCAAAAACUUCAUGCUAAAGCAGAGGCAUAUAAAGGCAAUAAAUGUGAAACAGCCUUCAGUACGAGUGAAGAUAAUAAAAACCCAAAAUGCUAUUCUCAAGAUAAUCUCUAUGAAUGUAUCGACUGUGGAAAAUCCUUCAACCGGAGCUCCUCCCUUAUUCGACAUCAGUUGAUUCAUACAGGAGAGAAACCAUUCAAAUGUAAGGAAUGUGAGAAAACCUUCAACAGGAGUUCAAACCUUGUUAAACAUCAAAAACUUCAUACUCGAUAAGUCCUGAAAAAGGAAGAAAUGCAGUAUUACCUUCAGUCAUUCAACAUCCAUACACUUAUACUGCGAGGAAUCCCAUGAAUAUAAUAAAACAUUUGUCAAAGGUUAUUCUUCAAUAUGACAAAAUUAAUAUUGAUAGAAACCUGUUACUGGAUAGAAAUCUGAGGGAGAGUUCCUGGCUCCCAAAUGAAGCCACAAGGGUUUGGAGCUAAGCAUAGUAUCACCAUACAAGUUCUUUGUCAUUAUUUUGAUAUCAAGUACCCUAAUCAUUUCCUAGUUCAUAAAUGGGACCUAUAACAUUCAUCUGAUUUAUUGAUGAAGAAGAUAUUAGAGAGGAGAUAAGCAAUACUGUUGGAGUUUAUGUUUAAUAAAACUCAAACUCUCAGUCUUUAUAAGAAGGUCACAAGAAGUCAGGAGCUCAUGAGAAUAUAGGAGAACACUUAUAAGGACUGAAAUCUCUAAUGGCAAAGACCACAAUGACAGCCAUUUAAUCCACCCCAGACAAUAUCCUUGGCUGACCUCAUGCCAAGGUCUAGACUAGAAUUAGGAUAGUGUUGUCAACUGCAGUGGGAGAAGGAUGUGUUCUUUAUAUGUAUUCUUGACAUCUACAUUUUUCAAAGUGCAGCAGAUCCUCCAAUAAGUUUUUAUUCAACAUUGUUUUGUUCUAACAUUAAUGAGAAAAAAAAUUCUAAUCCUGGCCAGUGCCUUUGGAGUUUGCAUGUUCUCACCAUGUGUACUUGGUUUCUCUGGAUGCUCCAGUUUCCUCCCAUAUCCCAAAGAUGUGCACAUUAGGUUCAUUAUUGUUGUGUCUAAGUGAUCCCAGUCUGAGCAAGUGUGGGUAUACUCUGCAAUGGAAUAGUGUCUUGAGCUGCCAAGAUAGGCUUCAGACACCCAAAACUCUGGACCGUCACAGAGUAAAUCAUCUUGUUUCUGUUCAUCUUUCUUGAAUAGAUCACGUUUAUUUCAGUGUUUAAUAUUAGAAGUAUUUGGGGUCUUUAUAAGUUUGAUGUUUUUGUGAUCAGAAAUGAGGCAUAGGAAAUUAACCCUUGUUUAGAUUGGCCUAUGGUAAAAUUGAUUUCAUUAUAUAUCAGUUAUAAUCAGUCGCAGUUUCCAGGAACCUAUUGAUGACAUUAAGUGAGGACUUAAUGUGCUCUUUGGAAUCUUGGCUGAAGAGAUACACAUAGCCUUAGGUCCAUCAUUUAUCCCAGACAUAAUGAGGUCAAUAAAGUGUCCUAGUAUAUAA